GUGAGGAAACGCCCCUCGAGACCUGGGAUCUGAUUACAGGAGAGCAAAAGUUCAGCUCGGUUUGGAAGCAGAAAGUUCUAAGUGUUCCUAACUGCAGGACCUGAAAAACCGAUUACGGAAAGCAGUAACUCUCUCGUGCAAGCAAAGAACAGCCUUGCUUCAGUUCAUGAACAUGAGACUAAUCCGCGAGCUCAGAUCAUGCGUGGUGUUCAUGCGGGGUCAGCUGGUCGGUGUGAGUGGGAAUGGUAUUGGGAAUGGAAAUCUGAAAGUCACACCGAGGAGGAUGAUGUCCGGCAAAACAUACAAUGUUCCUCCGAGCAGUGAGUUUGUCGCGCGAGUGUCCGGAAUCGCCACCAUGGCCAAGUUACCGUAUCAGGAAACAGCCGAGGGUCUGGACGCAGCUUUCAUCGGAGUGCCCAUCGACACCGGGACCUCCAACCGCCCCGGAACUAGGUUUGGUCCUCGGCAAAUCAGAGCCGAAUCGGUGAUACUCAGGAAUUACUCUGGCACAGGAGCUGCGCCCUGGGAGUCCAUGAUGGUUGCGGAUAUCGGCGACGUCAAUGUGAACCUGUACGACAUAAAAGACACCUGCAAGCGGAUUCGUGAGAUGUAUCGCAAAGUGAUGGUGAAUGGCUGCAUACCGCUUACUCUGGGGGGAGAUCACACGAUUUCGUACCCGAUUCUCCAGGCCGUGGCAGAAAAACAUGGACCGGUGGGUCUGAUCCAUGUGGAUGCUCACGCUGACACGGGCGACAUGUCCCUGGGGGUGAAGAUCACUCACGGCACACCGUUCAGACGCUGCGUGGAGGAGGGGCUCCUUGACUGUAAGCGCGUGGCUCAGAUCGGCCUCCGAGGAACCGGCUAUACGCCAGACGCCUACUCCUGGAGCAGAGAACAGGGUUUCCGGGUGGUCCGAGCGGAAGAGUGUUGGUACAAAUCUCUGGUGCCGCUCAUGACCGAAGUUCGGGCUCAGAUGGGCAAAGGGCCCGUGUACCUCAGCUUUGAUAUCGAUGCUUUGGAUCCUGCGUUUGCCCCUGGCACUGGAACACCUGAGAUCGCAGGCCUCACACCUAUUCAGGGACUGGAGAUCGUUCGAGGCUGCCGAGGUUUGAAUCUUGUUGGCUGUGACCUGGUGGAGGUUUCCCCACCGUACGACAAUACAGGAAACACGGCAAUAACUGCAGCCAACCUGCUUUUCGAAAUGCUUUGCGUCCUUCCGAAGAUAAAAUACUACUAAUGAAGAAGAACUUCUUUAAAUUAAAUAACAAAGUCUUUCAGAACUUGCUUUUGUGUAUGCUGUAGCAGUGUUUGGUCCUGCCGGCCGUGUGAGCGCUUAAAUGAUGAGCCAAAAAUGUACGUAUUAUAAAAGUUUAUAAAAUGUUGGCAUGGGAAUUUCUAGAGCUGUAUGAUUUAAACGCAAUUCAUGGUGCUAAAGCUUUUAAAUUAGAAAUUAUUAAAUUAUUUUUAAGUCUA